AUGUCUCACUCCCACUCCCACUCCACCCCCACCCCCACUCCCACGCCGACCACCGCCACCGCAGCGGCGCACGCGUCUGCGUUGAAUGGGGCUGUGGCGGCACCGCUACGGCGAGGGCCGAGGCAGGCGCUGCUGUCCUACGCUGCCCAGUACCGCACCCUUCAACCCUUUCUCCGGCAACGACUGCGCAACCGGCGCUGGCGUCUCGUCUUCAGCAGCGAUGUUCACGGCACGCACCUGGUCGAUCACUGUCAGCGCGCCUUCCACGAAGAGGAGGCGCUGUGGCGAGCGGCAGUGAUGGAGAGACCGCACCACGGGGAGGGUGGGCGGAUCGUAAAGAAGGGCGUGUCGAGUCAGGAGGAGGCGGCGGUGGACGAUGACGGCAGCAGCAGCAGCAGCAGCAGCAGCGCAGCGCCCUUUGCAUUUGCCUUGGUGCCGAAUCUGGCGUUAAUGGAGACCACCCUUGUCGUACCGGCGCCAGUGAAGAACGGCACCGCAGCGCCGUCUGCGCCGGUCCACGACGUGGUAGGUUCAUCAGUAAGGGGAGAGGCGCCCACCGGGGAGGAGGAGCACGGCAAGUCCAAAUUCAGCGACGUCGUGGACAGUCAUGUUUGCAUCGGUGUGUAUCUGCAGCGUCUUCCCGCGCCCGAGUCGGUCACCUCGUACCGCCGCUCCGAGGUCUUCUUCUUCCUCUUCGAGUCCCCCAUCCAGCUCUCCCCGACAGCGGAGGCUGCUCGGAUGGACCCGGCCGGCCAACCGGCGUAUUCGACGCCGCCAGCCGUGUCCGCGCCUCCACCGUCCGUGACACAAACAAGCCGGCGCCGCCGCCACGAUGUCAGCCUCAGCGGCGAGAUGUUGUGCGACGUUGGCGAGGAGAGCGGGGAUAUGCGCAGCCCCAGCACACGCAGCGCUUCACAGGAGUCGUUGGCGUCGUCGUCGCCGACAAAGCUGGAGCACACGCCACGGACGCAGACGCACCGCCUGGCUCACUCCCCUGGCGAGAGCAACACGGACGGCUCUGCACCAGUGGGAAGCACUCGGGCGAACGAUGCGGCGGUGAACCCAGAGGAGCACGGCGGCGCGUUUGACUCCUCCGUGCCACCGCCGCCGGUGGCCGCGACGAGAGUCAUGCGGGACCGCUGGUACGACGUGAACAACACGGAGGGCAUAGCACGGGCCUCGGACCACUACCGUUCUGGCACCGCGGGGGAAGGACGAAGGCCAAGCGCGGUGGCCGAUGACCACGAAGAGCAACCAGAACCGGUCGUUCCCGCCGUCGCCAAUGGCAUUCUCUCUCCCCAGUGGCAACGCCAGGUGGAGGGCAUCGAGCAGCAGCAAAGCGGUCCGGCGGUGAUCAGCGGCGGCGAACGCGCCGGGAUGGCACCGGAUGUCCCCCCAUCCCCUACGCGCAGAGGCACGACUCACAACGGCGGCGAACAGGACGACACCUUCAGCUCGGCCUCCGCAUCGCCGGAUAACGGCGAGUUGGACUCCACUGCACGCCCGGGCCGCAGCGCGACGCGACGGCCCCCCUCGCUGUUCAACGACUCCCUCUCGAAUUCAAACGGGGAUGGGCAGCGUGCCGCCCCCUUCCCCGCUGGGGCCACGGCGUCCUCCGUGUACGACCACCAACUGCCAGCGUGGGUGAUUGAGGCCGUCAACUCCAUCCACGACCCGGCGACACCCGUUACCCCCUGCGGCGUACUGGAACCUCCCGCUGUCAACGACCGGCCUACCCCGGCCAUCGCGCCGCCCUCCCUCUCGCGGGCCCCCAACACGCAGUUCACAUCUCCGUUUGAGCAGCACACCGCGCCUGCCGUCGAAGCAGGCCACUCCGUCCUGCUGGAAGACGAUAUCGUCUCGGAGAGCACGACGGUCGUGUCAGCCACCUCCGCCACCGGCGGGGCCACCGCGUGGCGUGAGGACGAGAACCUGUCCAGCUACUGGCCGGAGACACCGAGGACGUCGAACAAGGUGCAAAAUGGAAGCACCGCCCUCUCCUCGCACACCCGCAUCGGCCACCGCAGUCAGGAAUGGUACGCCCCGGCGAGUGACCUCCCGUCGCUGCCGCCGCUGAUGUCGCGCGUGUCGAGUCUCGGCGGCGAGGACACGGCGGAUUGCUUUACACCGCGCCAGCCGCGGGACGGCGCGCCUGGGCGUGCGGGAGCGGCACCGUCGGUGGACGGCGUCGAGCGUCUGUCUGCGGGGCUGGUUGGUGGUCGAGAGUCUCCUCCGCUGUCACUCCUGAGAAGUAGAAGUGGUGGUGGUGUUGGUGGGGGUGGGGCUGCGCCGGCGAACAGCUCCCUCAACUCCGUCGCCGCCGCUCCAGCAGCAGUUGCAGCCGCGAUACCCGUGACGAUGGCCGCUGUGGAGUACAGCAGCGCUGCGCCGUCGGUGCGGCCCGUCAGUGCGGGUGUAGAGGUGUACCCCAUGACAUCCGCAUCGGAGAUGCUGUGCGAUGGCGCCGCCGUCACCUCUCCGGCCGACAGCAAUCAAGACUUGGAUGUUCCGUACCGCCGCGCGAGUGAGCUGGCCAUGACGGAGGACACGAUCGACGUGUACAGCACAUCGUCCGGGGCCUUCUAUAUAUGGGACCGGCGAAAGGAUAGCACAUCGAACGCAUCCCCUGCUGCUGUCGCCGCUGACGGCGCUGGUGCGCACAACGGCGGACCGUUCCCUGACUGCAUCGGCAGCAGCGGCGGCAGCGGCGAGCACGGCUUCGUGUGCCAGCGAGACGCGACCGGUGUGCGCUGGAAUGUGAGUUACUUUGUGGAGAAGGCAUACGGAAAUGCGCAGGCGAGCGGCCUUCUUUCAGAUUCUUCUGCCAGCUCGACGGGUCGUCCGUCGUCGCUCUUGUCUCUGGUGCGUGCACAGGCGCGGCGGGGCGGUGGUGCCGGCGGGGCCGCAGGGACAACAACGGAAGACCGAUCGGCAGAAAUCUUCACCUCGCCUCUAGUGAAAAUGCAGCUGUGUCUUAUAUCCUCCCGCUCAAUGCCCUCGGCGUUUCAGCGGAGGUCAUCUGCUGCUGCUGCAGCAGCUUCUUCCUCGUCGGUUCAGUAG